CUCCGCGUGUCAUGUGUCCCGGGUACACAAACACCAGCCGUUCAUGCUCUAUUGAUUCACAUAAAGCGGAGAAACAGAAAAACAAUAGUUGAAUCCAGGAUAAGAGAAAUUUCCAACGGCAACAAAUCAGUGAAACGGGGACGGAAAAGACAACGUCUCGUCAGCAACAGCGGACCAGCAAACUUAUUAUUUUUCUCUCUCCCAGUGUGAGAACAGACCAAAGUCCAGUCGUGAUCGGUUCCACAUCAUAGACACCGACAAAGCUGAUUUUUUUUGUUAAUCCGUGGUUAAAAACACAUUCAUCUCGCGUAGUUCAUCGGACGCAUCGCGGCGUUGGAGAGAAAAUAACAUUUGAGAAUUACACGGUGGGUUAUGAACAUUCACUGUAUUUGGUCGAGACAGCGCCAGAGGAACUGCAUAACGGAAUAACAAGAUCUCAGAUGACAACCAAGUAAUGUAAUUUAAAAACUAUUAUCCAACCCCUGGUCCAAUAAAGGGGUAAGAAAUCAAAACCAAAUUCCAUCCUGCCUGUCCUGAGGAGGCUGGACCAUUAAUAUGGACCCCUGGCAAACACUGGUGUCCAGAUGUUCUGCAUGGUGGCAGAUGCAUACUCCACAUGCACUGAGAGCUUGUAUAUAUGAUGUGUGUAAACCCCUGGUACCACUUCUGCUCUGCAUCGCCACCCUAAUGGCUCUGAUUCUUUACGCUUUGGCAGAUAAUCUACACAGCUUUGUAUGCAGGAUCUUCAUUCCCCAGUAUCAUUACCCUUAUGCGGUGCCACUUGCUUUCAUACAGGUGUUUCUUAAUCUCCUGGCGUUGCUGGCCUUGCAUGGUACAGGUCUGAUCCAUCUGAAGCCGGUUUCACUGAAGCUGGCUGAGCGUUUGUUGGUGCCUGCGGUCUGUGGGAGCGUCCAGUGUGUUCUGGCCCUUUGGGCUGAGGCCAGUGCCCACUCUGGUCUGUACCCACUCAUCGCCCGCUUCCUCCCACUGGUCAGUCUGAGCUUGGGUCAUUUGUUUACGCUAAGUAUGCCUGGAUCCAUCCAUGUUUCCUGUCUGCUAACAGCCGUCACUGUCACCUCUGUCAGCGUAACAGCUUGUCAAGGACUGUAUAUGAUGGAGCCUUUGGAAUACAUUUACUCUCCUCUCAGCCUGGUCCUCCAUAGCCUGUCUCUCGUCUGGCUAGCUAAAGUGGCUCAAACAGAGCGAGGCCAUACCUCAAUCUUUGAUCUUUACUACACUCUCACGGUUACACGUUGUCUGUUAUUAGGAUUCCUGUGUGUUUUGCACCCUGAUGGCCCAGAAGCACUUAUUCAGGGCACCUGGCACAGUCUGCUGUUUUUUGGAUACAUGCUUGGGAUGUUGCUGCUGGGUGCUGUGCAGCUUCUCUUUGUGGACGUAACAGCACUGAUUUUCUCCGCUCUCCCAGCAGCUGUGCUGCAUGCUACCAGAGUGCUUAUGCUCCCCCUGUUCAGUCUUUUAUAGGACAUACUGACUGACCAAUCAGAGUGUAGACCAUUCUGAGAAGAAACCAAUCAGUAAACAAAUAAGUAGCCAAUCAUAAGCAAUGCAGUGUAGCAACCUAUAAAGAAAUAUUCAGUGUUCAGUACAAGUUGAGCUCCAUCGACAGCAUUUACGGCAUAAUAUUAAUCACCAAAAAUUAAGCUUGUUCCUUAAAAAAUUAUACAAAAUAAAUUGGGGUUAUAGUGAGGCAUACCAUAGUGAGGCAGUGUCCAUUAAAGAACUUUAAAGCUCAAAUUAUACACAAAUUUUAACAGUAGAAUUAAUAUAAGUGCUUUAUAAAAUUAUAAGCUUCAUAUCUGCCUUUAAACCCUCCAAAAAAUGGACACCAUUCACUUUCAUUGUAAGUGCCUUAUUGUAACCUCGAUUUUUGCUUUUUAAAGAAAAGGUAGGAUGAGUCAAAGUAAUUUAUUUUUAUAGUCAACACUAUGCGACAAAUACUGUUGAUUGAUCUUAACUUGUAUUAAUCCCGGAACAUUCCCCUGAGAAUAACUAAUCAAAGACCACCUUUGGAGGUCAAUGCAACACUAGAAAAUUGUCAUUAAUGAUGAUAACAGUAUUAAAACUGAAUUCAGAGGUACGACAACUUCGGAGCCAAGGUGAUUAUAAUGCAUCCAUGUAUAUGGUCAUGCCACCUGCAAGCAUUUAAUGUGUGACACCGCUUGUGUGUGACCGCUUUCUUGGCUUGCAAGGAAACUAUAAAGCCUAUUUUUAAAACCAUCUAGAUUUUUUUAUUUAUUGUGUAUUUUUCAUUACAGUUAAGCAUAUUUCCCCCAAUUAUCAUUAAAGUAAAUAGUAUUUUUUUAUUUUAAUUUUAUUAUUAAAAGUAUUUAUACAUUAUGGUAGUAUUUGUUGUACUGCCUUUAAUUAAUGAUGUAAAGGAAAAUGCCUGGUAAGAUUAAAGUGUUCUUAAUUGUCAUGAAUAUCAUCUCAUGAUGCGAGAUAUGUAAUAUGUAAAAUAUGUAAUUUUUUUCUCCUUUGGAGUUGGAGGUGAAAUAUGAACUGGAGAUGUUCUUGACAGGCUCUGGUAAGAUUCACCCAAGUAGGCUAUGCAUUACACAGUGAGAUAUGUUCACCGUGAGUUAAGACUCACAACAAAGAAGGUCUUCACAGUGUUUAAAUGUAUGGUUUGCAGCAGUCUCUGCAGCAAACAAAAUUGCAAUACAACAAUUUAAGAUAAUAUUAGAAUAGUAAUGUGUGUGUAUAUAUAUAUAUAUAUAUAUAUAUAUAUAUACACACACUGUUUAUAAUUAUUUAAAAAGCAGAAAACCUAUGACUCAUGUACAAACUUAGCUCCUGUCAUACAGUACAAAAACUACAGUAGUAUUGUUCAAAUGUGGAGCAAAUAAAACAUAUUGAUGAGGUUUUCUAAUUACAACAUUCAUAACAGUUUCCAUUGUCUUUCUUUGUUUUUGUUUUCUGUUAAGAAAUAAUUCAAUUUCCAUUGCAUUUUUCUGUACAAUAUACUGUAUCAAUUCUGGUGCUCAUUUGAAUUGGAGUGCACCAGUCACAAGUGCAUACUUUGAGCAAAAAUCAUGAGGUUAAAAAAAGGUUAUAACCAUGAGAGCUGUAGUGAGGCUUCUAAUCAUGCAGAAUUGAUUUAUCUGUAUCAACUUGGUUAAUGUUACACCAGCAAGCAAUGUGUUUAGUUUAUCAGUAGUGCAAGUGUAGAUAAGCACAGGAAAACAUUUCUCCUCCUUUUCACUUUGAGUGAUACAUGUAGUUGGAACUGAUAUUUCCUGUUGUAGUGGAAUACAAAUAAACAGACAGUAAUGGCAAUUAAUGAAACAUCUCUGAAAAUAUUACCUUUAUUUGAAAAGAUAUGAAAAUACCAAUUUGUACAACCUGAUAUAAUGUUUUCUAAACAGCUACUCAGACUUUCCUCUGGCAGAAAUUCCCAAAGAACAAGUUGAUAUUUAAUAGAAGUGCUUUGUGUUACAGGAAUGUUAAAUUAAUAAUAAUAUCCCAUUCAAAUUCAGUACUGGGCUUGGUAAGGCAUUGUUAUGAGGUACCAUAAAGUCAAAUGUGGCCUUUUAUGAUUAGAAAAAGCUGAU